GGGCCGAUACGCGCAUGUCCUCGUCCGGCGUUCUGUCGCUGUCGGCCUCGGCCAGGGUUGCGCCCCGCGCGACCUCGGUCCGCCGCGCGCGCGCCCCGGUGCGCGCGACGCAACUCGCGAGAUCCCGCGCGGACACCGCCGCUUGGGGAAAGAAAUUUAUGUCUGUUGAGCGCGGCUCCCGCGCUGUGGGCGUCCGCUCGCUCGUGGAGGCGGCGAACACGGAACCCGGGGCGUCCUACGACGACGGCGAUGACCACGUGGAUACGACGUACGACGCCGAGGACCUCGCACAUCCCGACGUCGCGAUGAUGAAGGCUUCGCGCGAGGUUCGCAAGCCCUUCCGCGAGUUCUCCCUCAUCGAAAAGGUCGAGUACGUCUUCGUCAGGUUCACGCUCAUAUCCGCUUGUAUCUUCGUGCUCCUCGGCGUGCUGGCGUCGCUCCUGCUUUCGGCGCUGCUGUUCUCCAUGGGCAUGAAGGAGGUGCUCUUCGACGCCGUGCAGGCGUGGGCGGGAUACUCCCCCGUCGGCCUGGUGUCGUCCGCGGUGGGAGCGCUGGACAGGUUCCUCCUCGGCAUGGUCUGCCUCGUGUUCGGCCUCGGAUCGUUCGAGCUCUUCCUCGCGCGGUCCAACCGCGCCGGUCAGGUCCGCGACCGCAGGCUGAAGAAGCUCGCGUGGCUCAAGGUUUCGUCCAUCGACGACCUGGAGCAGAAGGUUGGCGAGAUCAUCGUCGCGGUGAUGGUGGUGAACCUCCUCGAGAUGUCGCUGCACAUGACCUACGCCGCGCCGCUCGACUUGGUCUGGGCGGCGCUCGCGGCGGUGAUGAGCGCGGGCGCGCUGGCGCUGCUGCACUACGCGGCCGGGCACGGGGAUCAUAAUCACAAGGACAAGGGCGGGCACGACAGCGGCGCCGGACUCCUCCACUGAUCCAGUCGUCGAGGUUUAGGACGCGAGACGAGCCGCCGGGUCGACGAGGACGCGCACGGAAGAGGGACGUGCGGAGGAGCGUCGAUAUCGCGUACGCGAGAGCCUUCUGGCUGAGUACGAGUAUUUUUUUACGUAAUAAAAGUUAAGUUGAUGUAACUC